UUAGGGGGGGAAAACAACGGGAUAAUUAAAAUCGUGCGUGCGAUUUUGUGUGCAAAAAAGUGUCGUGUUCCCGUGCUGCGCAACCCACCGCUUUACCGCUCGGAUCACCGGGCAAUCGAGCGUGUGGGCGUGUGAGCCUGGUGGGUUUUGUGCUUGUGUGCGCAAUCGAGUGAAGGGGCUCCGGAAAUGGGCCCAACCAACGGGCUCGUACGUAGGCGCAGGACCUGCCACCGUUAAGUCCUUCACCUUCAUUCCCCGCGACGGUAGCCGGAAAGAAAACCCGUGGUAGAAAGCGCGUGAGAGAGAGAGAGAGUGCGAGAGAAAAAGAAGGAAGGAAAAAGGCCCCGGAACGGAACACUCCCCGAUCACGAUCAAACGCCUCGCAACCGUCCCGGCAAGCGCCUUGUGCGUCCUUUGCCAACGGAAAACCGCGCGGGAAGGGAGAAGCAAAAGCAGCGGGUAAAAAUCGCCAGUAAAGUGCUCCAAAACUGCCCCCUAAACUAAGCAUUCACCUCCCCCCCCCCAACGAGGGUGUCCCUCGAUCAACCGGCGGUGUGGAAAAUCGCAACAACCUCCGCAAAAUCGACAGUCAACCUUCCGGAGAAGCGUGUGGUGCUGCUUGCAGGCUUUUCAUUGAAAAGAAAAAAGAAGAAGAAGAAGAAGAAGAGCAAAAGGUCCUCGCAUCCUGGCAUGGAUGGGCCGCCUGCGUGAGUGUGUGUGUGCGUGUGCGCGCGUGUGUGUGCAUUUCGGUUGUGUCCUUGAAGUGGCAGUGUGCGGUAGAGGCGAGUGAAAAAUUGCCUGCCCGGAAAAUAGCCACAAUCGGCGGGAAAGAAAAUUGAAGCAGAAAAGGAAAAGAAAAGCAAGACCCAAUCGCUCCAUCUCACGCACUCGCUCCGUUAUCCUGCGCGCGUCCUUGCCUGGGCGUAAUUGGGACGGGGAAAAUCGCCUCAUUCCGAAAGGGGCCUAUUCCUGCCAAAAGUAUUGAACGACACACACACACGCGCGCGUGUGUGUGCGUGUGUGGUAGGCAGGGGGGUAGGGGGUGCGGGCAGGGUGCCGCCCUUAACCAGUAGUAGGCGUGCGAACACCCUCGCGAAAACGAAGAAGAAAGAAAGAAAGAAAAAAACACACACACACACACAUGAUGGUCCGCAGGAAGGAAGAUCCUGAGCCGACGGCGGCUGCCACUAGGGGGCGCUGCUGACGCUGGUGGUUUCGUAGAUCGGUUACGCUUCCUUUAGCCGGCCGAGGCAAGCGAGCACGCGCGUACGUGAGUGUGUGUGCGCGUGUGUGUGUGUGCGUGCGAGAAGCAAUUAAAUUAAUAUAACAAAAGGAAAAUAUCAACCCACCCGCCCCCAUAUCCCAACUCUAAGCCAAACGAUAGUUUCCGUGCGGCGGAAGUUCGGCUCUCGGCGGAAAAGAAACACCGUGCGUGUGAAGUUGUGCAUCAGUGUGCGUGUGCGUGCGUGCGUGCGUGCGUGCGUGUGUUUCCAAAGGCCUGUGCGUGUGCGCGGUGGUGGCGCGCGAUGAGCGGCCAGGGGCAGAAACGAUCGCAGGAUUAGCUGGUGAAGCCGCGAGUUAGGUGCGUGGGCGGAAGGCAGAAGAAAAGCGCUCAAAAGGAUCCUUGCGAAGAAACGGAUUCACGCAAGCGACAGAAAGGACAUCCAGCCUUGGGGGGGCUACUUGAACUUGCGAGCAGCGGGAGUUUUCGACGAGUCAAAAGCGCAACGGGCGAGCAUCAAAGAGAAACAACAAGAAGAGAAAAAAAAAGCUCAUCAAGGACAUUUCGUCGCGUCAACCAAGGAUCAAGGACCUCGGCGAUGGCGUACCCGGGGCGGACGAUGGGCACCACCACCGUCCUGCUCGGUCUCGGCAUCGUGCUGUGCGGUCUUCUCGGCAGCGCAUCCGGCUUCCUGUCAUGUUCGCCGUCCCCGUGCAAACAUGGCGGCACGUGUGUGAGCCGCCCGAACGGUGCAUCCUACUGCAACUGUACGUCCCGUUAUACUGGUGAUUUCUGUGACUUCUUGAAUCCAUGCCACACAGCGGCCGGACCACGCUGUCAGAAUGGUGGCACCUGUGAAACCACCUUCCGUGAUGGUGGUCCAUCGUUCUCGUGCCGUUGUCCCAUCGGCUACACCGCGAGCCUGUGCGAGAUACCGGUGAAGAACGCCUGCGACUCAUCACCGUGCAACAACGGUGGCAAUUGUAAGCUGAAGACGCUGGAGGACUACACCUGCAUCUGUGCGACUGGCUAUUCGGGCAAACACUGCGACAAGCAGAAUCUGUGCGCUUCGUCACCGUGCCGGAAUGGAGGCACCUGUAUGCUGUCUCCGAACGGACUCGUCAAGUGCGUCUGCCCGAAGGGCUUCCGAGGCAUGUACUGCGCGGAUGACGUCGACGAGUGCAUAAAGAACCCGUGCGAGAACAACGGCAAGUGCGUCAACACGCACGGCUCAUAUCAGUGUACAUGCGAACCCGGCUUCACGGGCAAGAACUGCGAGUCCGGUUACGUCCCAUGUUCGCCCUCGCCGUGCCAAAAUGGCGGCACCUGCAAGCAAUCGACCAAGUACUCGUACGAAUGCAAAUGUCCACCAGGCUUCCAGGGUAAAAACUGCGAGGAAAACACGGACGACUGCCCGGGCAACCUGUGCCAGAACGGUGGCACCUGCGUGGACGGUAUCAACGCGUACCACUGCAGCUGCCCGUCCAGCUUCACCGGUGAGUUCUGCGAGAACGACGUGGAUGAGUGCGCACUCCGGCCGUCAAUCUGCCAGAAUGGGGCGACCUGCACGAACACGCACGGCAGCUACAACUGCAUCUGCGUGAACGGCUGGAACGGGCCGGAUUGCAGCAACAACAUCGACGAUUGUGUGGACGCGGCGUGCUUUAACGGUGCGACCUGCAUCGACGGUGUCGGCAGCUUCUACUGCCGCUGUACGCCCGGCAAAACGGGUCUGCUCUGCCAUCUGGAUGACGCCUGCACCUCAAAUCCGUGCCACGCGGACGCAAUCUGUGACACGAGCCCGAUCAAUGGUUCGUUCACGUGCUCGUGUGCCGUCGGUUACAAGGGCAUCGACUGCUCGGAGGACAUCGACGAGUGCGAUCAAGGAUCACCGUGCGAGCAUAACGGCAUCUGCGUCAACACGCCCGGUUCGUUUGCCUGCAACUGUUCGCAGGGUUUCACCGGACCGCGGUGCGAAACGAACGUCAACGAGUGCGAGUCACAUCCGUGCCAGAAUCAGGGCAGCUGUCUGGACGAUCCGGGCACUUUCCGUUGCGUUUGCAUGCCAGGCUACACCGGCACCCAGUGCGAGAUCGACAUCGACGAAUGCGCCACAAACCCUUGCCUAAACGGUGGCAUCUGCCGUGACAUGGUGAACUCCUUCAAAUGUACAUGCGCGAUCGGUUUCUCCGGCUUACGGUGCCAGAUCAACAUCGACGACUGUAUGUCACAACCAUGCCGAAACGGGGGCAUCUGCCACGAUUCGAUCGCGGGCUACACCUGCGAAUGUCAGCCAGGCUACACCGGUCUCUCCUGCGAGACGAACAUCAACGACUGCCAAUCAAACCCCUGCCACCGGGGUAACUGCAUCGACGGCGACAACUCGUUCACCUGCCGCUGCCACGAAGGCUACACGGGUUACCUAUGCCAGAUCCAGAUCAACGAAUGCGAAUCCAACCCGUGCCUGUUCGGGGGACACUGCGAGGACCUCGUUGGGGGUUAUAUCUGCCGCUGCCAACCCGGAACGUCCGGCCCAAACUGUGAGGUGAACGUCAACGAAUGCCACAGCAACCCGUGCCGGAAUGGUGCGAAGUGUAUCGAUGGCAUCAACCGGUACACCUGCCAGUGUGUGCCCGGCUACACCGGUUUCCACUGCGAGACGAACAUCAACGAGUGUGCGUCGGAUCCUUGCGCGAACGGUGGCGUUUGUAUGGAUCUCGUGAAUGGAUUCCGGUGCGAGUGUCCCCGCGGGUACUUCGACGCCCGGUGUCUCAGCGAUGUGGACGAAUGCGCCUCAAACCCGUGCAUCAAUGGUGGUCGGUGUGAGGAUGGCGUGAACCAGUUUAUCUGCCACUGCCCGCCAGGAUACGGUGGACGACGGUGUGAGAUCGACAUCGACGAGUGUGGCUCCAACCCGUGCCAACACGGUGGCAUCUGCCGGGAUGGGCUGAACGCGUACGCCUGCCAGUGUAUGCCGGGCUACACCGGCCGCAACUGUGAGGUGAACAUCGACGAUUGUGUGGCGAAUCCCUGCCGCAAUGGUGGCUCUUGCAUCGAUCUCGUGAACGGGUACAAGUGCGUCUGCCGCGGUCCAUUCACCGGGCGCGAUUGCGAGUCAAAGAUGGAUCCCUGCCAACCAAACCGGUGCCGGAAUGGGGCAAAGUGUUCACCAAGCCCCAACUAUCUGGAUUUUGCGUGCUCCUGCACACUCGGCUACACCGGGCGGCUGUGCGAUGAGGACAUCAACGAGUGUGCGCUUUCGUCACCCUGCCGGCAUGGAGCAACGUGCCGGAAUACGAACGGCUCGUACCACUGCAUCUGCGCGAAAGGCUACGAAGGGCGCGAUUGCACGAUCAACACCGACGAUUGUGCGUCCUUCCCGUGCCAGAACGGUGGAACCUGCCUGGAUGGGAUCGGUGACUACACCUGCCUGUGCGUGGACGGCUUCGAGGGCAAACACUGCGAGGUGGACGUCAACGAAUGUCUCUCGAUGCCGUGCCAGAAUGGGGCGACCUGCAACCAGUACGUGAACUCGUACACCUGCACCUGCCCGCUCGGGUUCAGCGGCAUCAACUGCCAGACGAACGACGAGGACUGCACGGAAAGCUCGUGCAUGAACGGUGGCACGUGCGUGGACGGGAUCAACGCGUACAACUGCUCCUGCGAGACCGGCUACACCGGCUCGAACUGCCAGUAUCGCAUCAACAAGUGCGACUCGCAACCGUGCCGGAAUGGGGCGACCUGCCACGAUUACGAGAGCGACUACACCUGCCACUGUUCGUACGGGUACACCGGCAAGCAGUGUCUCGAUUUCGUCGACUGGUGUGCGCAGAAUCCGUGCGAGAAUGGUGCGACCUGCGCGCAGCAGGACAACACGUACCAGUGCGCGUGCGCCGCCGGCUGGACCGGGAAGCUGUGUGAUGUCGAGAUGGUGUCCUGCAAGGAUGCCGCCACCCGGAAGGGUGUGGAUGUGCGCACGCUCUGCCACAACGGGACGUGCGAGGACUUUGGCAACUCGCACCGGUGUAGGUGCGCGCGAGGAUACACCGGUUCGUACUGUCACGCCGAGAUCAACGAGUGUGAAUCGCAACCGUGCCGGAAUGGUGGGACAUGCAAGAACCUGCUCGGUUCGUACCGGUGCCAGUGCCGGACCGGGUUUCAGGGGCAAAAUUGUGAGCUCAACAUCGACGAGUGUAAACCGAACCCCUGCCGGAAUGGUGGCAUCUGUCAUGAUCUCGUGAACGGGUACAAAUGCUCCUGCCCGCCUGGGACGAUUGGUGUGCUGUGCGAGAUCAACACGGACGAUUGUACGCCGGGAGCGUGCCACAAUAAUGGAAGCUGCGUGGAUAAGGUGGGCGGUUUUGAGUGCCGAUGUCCACCCGGGUUCGUUGGUGCCCGGUGUGAGGGUGACAUCAACGAGUGUCUCUCGAAUCCUUGCUCCAACCCAGGCACGCUCGAUUGCGUGCAGCUUGUGAACGAUUACCACUGCAACUGCAAGCCCGGGCACAUGGGGCGCCAUUGCGAGGUGAAGGUGGACUUUUGCGCCAACAGCCCGUGCCUGAAUGGUGGCCAGUGUUCGACGCGCCAGUCGGGCCAUCACUGCGUGUGCGCUGAUGGGUACUACGGCAAGAACUGCGAGUUCAGUGGGCACGAUUGUGACUCGAACCCGUGCGUGAACGGGCUCUGCCAGAUCGCGGAUGAUGGUGGGUAUCGGUGCGAUUGCCCGCUCGGUACGAGCGGCGUCAACUGCGAGCUGGACAUCCUCGACGAGUGUGCGUCCGGUCCGUGCGAGAAAGGUGCACCCUGCCAGAACAAGCUCGGUGACUUCGAGUGUCUCUGCCCACCGAAAUGGAGCGGCCGGACGUGUGGUACGUACGAUCCGCACUACCACGGUUGGUACGAUACGACCCAGCAGCAACAGCAGCGUCCCCACAAGCACGGUGGUGCCGCCCUCCCGAACAUCUACGCGAUCGAUCUCGAGUACCAGCGGGCGCAGUGCGUGAAGAAAGGCUGCCGAGAGAAGCAGGGCAACCACCGGUGCGAUGAGGAAUGCAACACGUACGCGUGCGAUUUCGAUGGCAACGAUUGCUCGCUUGGGAUCAACCCGUGGAUGAACUGCACCGCGAGCAUCAACUGCUGGGAGGUGUUCCAGGAUAGGUUCUGCAACGAGGAGUGCAACAACGCGGCCUGCCUGUUUGAUGGGCGCGACUGCGAGAAGGCACUGCAACCGUGCAACCCGAUCUACGACGCGUACUGCCAGAAGCACUACGCGAACGGGUUCUGCGAUUACGGGUGCAACAACGCGGAAUGCAACUGGGAUGGGUUGGACUGCGAGAAUCAGAAGGAACCGGCGCAGCUAGCGGAGGGUGCCAUCUCCAUCAUACUGCUCAUGGACGCGGACACGUUCCGCGCGAAUGCGAUCCAGUUUCUGCGCGAUCUUGGCCACCAGCUGCGGACGACGGUGCGGAUCAAGAAGAGCGCCACCGGAAGUGAGAUGAUCUUCCCGUGGAAAGGUGGUACCGCGCUGCAGGGCCUCACGGAUAGCGAGUUUGGGCGGAAGCAUCACGUCGUGUACACCGAGACGCGCCAGGUCGGCAUCCAGGUGUACCUGGAGCUUGACAACCGGAAGUGCAUCGGUAUGAGCGGUGCGGAGUGCUUUGGGAGUGCGAAUGAGGCGGCCGAAUUUUUGGCCGCCACCGCCUCCAAACACUCACUCUCGAAGCAGUUCCCGAUCUACCAGGUGAAGGGCGUCAAUCCGGACGAUGAUGGGUUGCCGGGUGCGACCAACGUGAACUACGUGCUGUUUGGGUUCUUCGGGCUGAUUGGGCUGGUGUUUUGUGCCGUGCUGGUGGUGAACCGAAAGCGUGCCCACGGUAUCACCUGGUUCCCGGAGGGUUUCUUCACCGCCAACACGAACGUCCGGCGACCGUCGAGGCGACGUCCGGAUGGUCAGGAGAUGCGCAAUCUCAACAAGAACCCCUCGAUGGUGGAUAUGGUCGCGAUCGGUGCGCAUGGUAGUGCCGGUGGUGGUGGUGGGCACGUGACGGGAAUGAUGGGCCACGCACCGCAGUGGUGCAACAGCGACGAUGAGUCGGAGAUGCCCACGGCCAGGAAGCGGAUGCGUGCGAUCGACCAGGGGUACGCGAGUGAUCAUACCGCGAUCACGGACUACGAGGAGACGGAACCUCGCGUUUGGGCUCAGCAGCACUUUGAAGCGGCAGACAUUCGGGAUCAUCCGGCGAUGAUGACACCACCGACACACCAUGAUGGGGAUGUGCGGGAUGUGGACGUGCGAGGUCCGUGCGGUAUGACCCCACUCAUGGUGGCGGCCGUACGCGGCGGUGGAUUGGAUUCCGGCGAAGACAUCGACUCGACGGAUGACUCGGCGGCUCAAAUCAUCUCCGAGCUCGUCGCGCAGGGUGCUGAGUUAAACGCGACGAUGGACAAAACCGGCGAAACGUCGCUACAUCUCGCGGCUCGGUACGCACGUGCGGACGCCGCCAAGCGCUUGCUCGAUGCGGGCGCGGAAGCAAACAGCCAGGAUAACACCGGACGCACGCCGUUACACGCGGCCGUCGCCGCGGACGCGAUGGGAGUGUUCCAGAUUUUACUGCGCAAUCGUGCGACGAAUCUAAACGCGCGCAUGCACGACGGCACGACUCCGCUCAUCCUGGCCGCGCGGCUCGCCAUCGAGGGUAUGGUGGAGGACCUCAUCACCGCCGAUGCGGACAUUAAUGCGGCGGAUAACAGUGGCAAAACCGCACUCCACUGGGCGUCCGCCGUUAACAACGUGGACGCGGUCAACAUUCUGCUCACGCACGGUGCGAACCGGGACGCGCAGGACGAUAAGGACGAAACGCCACUGUUUCUGGCGGCCCGCGAGGGUUCGUUUGAGGCGUGCAAAGCGCUGCUCGAUAACUUCGCGAACCGCGACAUCACCGACCACAUGGAUCGGUUGCCGCGAGAUGUCGCUAGUGAGCGGCUCCAUCAUGAUAUCGUCCGUUUGCUCGAUGAGCACGUGCCACGUUCACCGCAGAUGGUCACCACUUUGCCCGCUGGUGCCGCUGGCAGUGCGGCCGGUGGUGCCGCCGGCGGCGGUGGUGGUGGGGGUGGUGGGGGUGGCAUCAUGUCACCAACCCACGCCCAUCUCAUCACCCACCCAACGAUCAUCGCGUCGGCGAAGCAAAGCAAACAGAAAAAGCAACGCCAGCAGAAGAUGAACGGUGGUUCCGGUUCUUCCGCCAACUCCGUGGCAGCUCAGGCGGCCGCUGCUCAAGCAGCUGCAGCACAAGCGGCACAAGCGGCAGCAGCGGCAGCCGCAGCAGCAGCCGUUGCCGCCAACAUGGGCAGUUUGGGUGGGUUAGGAAUGGGUCAAAACCCAACCAGCCCGCAGGAUGCCGGAUGUGAGCUCGUACCGGGCAGCAUGCGCCGGAAGGCGGUGGCCAAGAAGGGUGCGGGUAGUGCGGCCGGUAAGAAACCACCGGCGGCUGGUGGUGGUGGGCUCACCGAUCUCGGACUGGCGGAUGAUCAGCUCAGCUCGGUGGAGUCACCGCUGGCCAAUCUCAACAGCCCGUACGACUCGGUUAGUCUCUACUCGAACGCGCUGACCGUCCACCAGCUGGACGCGAUCAGCCCGAACGGGGGAACCGGUGGGGGUACCGGUGUUGGAGGUGGUAAUGGCAUGAUGCCAAAGAAACCACCCAGCUAUGAAGACUGCAUAAAGAGCGCACAAUCGAUGCAAUCACUGCACAACAUCCAGCUGGACAACUACGGCUACUCGCUCGGUAGUAACGUCGGUGGUGGUGGAAACCAGUUCUCGGAUCUACUCAUGGGACAGCAGCGCACGCUCGCUGGUGGUGGUGGAACCGGUGGUGGUGGUGGUGGUGUGGGAUCACUCACAACGAAUGCCGGAAAUGGGCUUGGACAGGCGAAUCUGAUGCACACGGCGAUGCAUACGAUGGGUGAAAGUGGUCUCAGUCCGCCUUACUCCAAUCAAUCGCCACCUCACUCGGUUCAGAGCAACAUGGCGCUUUCACCUCAAGGCUAUAUAGUGUCUCCUGAUCACAACGCCUUUGCAGGUUCUCCUUCGCCCGCCAAAACGCGCCCCAGCCUGCCGACCUCGCCGACACACAUCCAGGCGAUGCGGCACGCUCAGCAGCAGAAGCACAACAUACAGAUGAUCUCCAGCGCCAACCUCCAGCAGCAGCAGCAACAACAGCAGCAGCAGCAGCAACAGCAGCAGAGUGGAAACAACCUCGGCUGCAAUGGUGGAGGCCAACAGCAGCAGCUGGGUGGUGGGCUGAGCGGUAGCGCUGGUGGUAAUGGCACCAACAACACCCCCACCAACAGUGCAAUGCUGGCCGGUCUGCAGAUGAACUUCGUCAACGGAUCCAGCGGUCUCGAGCUGGCUGGAUUCUGCAGUCCAACGGGUCAAGGAUCUCAAGCAUCGACCUCACAGAACACGACCAGCACGACAAGCACCGCGAUGACGGUCGCCUCGGCACAUCUGUCGCCUUUAAGCCAACAGCAACAGCAGCAGGUGUUGGCGAUGGUCGCUCAGCAGCAAGCGCAGCUGAACAGUCAACAGCAGCAGCAGCAACAGCAGCAGCAACAACACCAGGCACACCAUCAACUGCAACAGCAACAGUUGCAGCAACAGCAGCAGCAACAGCAGCAGCAGCAACAACAGCAGCAGCAGCAGCAGCAGCAACCGCAGCAAGCGCAGCAGCAACAAUCGUCCUUCUACCAAUAUCUAACACCACCGAGCCAGCACAGUGGUGGUGUGACACCGCAACACCUGGUGCAAACGCUCGACAGCUACCCGACGCCAUCGCCGGAAUCUCCCGGCCACUGGUCAAGUUCCUCGCCACACUCGACGUCCGAUUGGUCCGAGGGUGUGCAGUCACCGGCGAACAACGUGUACGUGACGAGUGCGGCCGGUCACCAGGCCAACAAGGGCUCGGAGGCGAUCUACAUCUGAACUGGCGCAACUGCACUCCGAAUGAAGCUAUAGGUUUAGAGGCGCGUGUGAACGGCGAUGGUCGAACGAAC